CGCGCAUCAGCCGCAGACGGCCAACUGAUCUGUGAUUUCGGCCCACCUGUACUUAAGCUCGCCCACCGCCGCCUCUACUGCACCUUUCGUUGACCACCACCCAAUCUAUUCCCCUCUAUACUGUCACUCGCAUUUUUGUCCGCGACAAAAAAAAAGACCCCAACCUCAAACACAACCACACAUCCACAAACACCCAUCACAAUGACUGGACGUGGCAAGGGCGGCAAGGGCCUCGGCAAGGGCGGUGCCAAGCGCCACCGCAAGAUUCUUCGUGACAACAUCCAGGGUAUCACCAAGCCCGCUAUCCGACGUCUCGCUCGUCGUGGCGGUGUCAAGCGUAUUUCUGCCAUGAUCUACGAGGAGACACGCGGUGUUCUCAAGACCUUCCUCGAGGGUGUCAUUCGCGACGCCGUCACAUACACUGAGCACGCCAAGCGGAAGACGGUCACAUCACUGGACGUAGUCUAUGCACUCAAGCGACAAGGCCGCACCCUGUACGGUUUUGGUGGUUAAGCGAUUGUCCUUAUUGCAUGUCCGUUACGAAUUUGUUCGCCUCGGGGCGCGUCUCGUUUUCCCCUGUUACCUGGGGCCAUGUUGGGGUGUUUCAUGAUGACUACGGAUUCGGGUAUUGGGUUGUUUGUUUUUCUAAACGGGUGUUUUUGUACCAUAUGAGGGGAAUGGCGGUCUACAUCUCGGGAUAAUGGAAAUCCGCUCAAGCUGAGCUCAACAACAUUGACAU